AUCCCCAGUUUGAUUUCUACCACCAAAGUCCAAGAGGCGAUGACACCCCUCUCCCUUGUAAUCUCCUCCCUAUUCUUCGCUUUCAUCGUUUACUUUUGUUUCAAUCGCUUCCUUCACAGAUACCCAAAACCUCUCCCUCCAGGUCCUAAGCCAUGGCCUAUAAUCGGAAACCUUCCCCACCUUGGCUCCAAGCCUCACCAUUCUCUCGCCGCCUUGGCUCGUAUCUAUGGUCCUCUAAUGCAUCUGAGGCUGGGAUCUGUUCACGUGGUCGUCGCUGCUUCAGCUUCCGUUGCUUCUCAGUUUCUGAAAACUCACGACGCCAAUUUCUCAAGCCGACCACCUAACUCAGGUGCUAAACACAUCGCUUAUAAUUACCAGGACCUCGUCUUUGCACCCUACGGUUCACGUUGGCGCAUGCUCCGUAAGAUCUGCUCCGUUCAUCUCUUCUCCGCCAAGGCGUUGGAUGAUUUCCGUCUUGUCCGACAGGAGGAGGUGGCUGUACUGACGCACCACCUAGCGGCGGCAGGACGCGUGGGGCUAGUGAAUGUUGGACAGUUGCUGAACGUGUGUACCACAAACACGCUUUCGAGGGUGAUGAUUGGGUGGAGAGUGUUUGGGGAGGGCGAUGGUAUUAAGAACGCAAAGUCGCAAGAGUUUAAGGAGAUGGUGGUGGAGUUAAUGGUGCUUGCCGGAGUAUUCAAUAUUGGUGAUUUUGUUCCAAGGUUGGAAUGGUUGGAUUUACAGGGGGUGGCUUCUAAGAUGAAGAAGUUGCACGCGAGAUUUGAUGCUUUCUUGAAUGCUAUCAUCGCCGAACAUGAGUCUACUGGUGUGAAUGGCGAUGGGCCGGCUCAGCUACAUAAGGAUUUGUUGAGUACUCUUAUUGGGUUGAAGGAUGAUGCCGACGGCGAGGGUGGGAAGAUCUCCGACACUGAGAUUAAGGCCUUGCUUUUGGACUUAUUCACGGCAGGAACUGACACAUCAUCAAGCACCGUAGAGUGGGCCCUGGCGGAGCUGAUUCGUCACCCUAACAUACUGGUUCAAGCCCAAAAGGAGUUGGACUCGGUCGUUGGAAUGGAUCGGCUCGUGACGGAAUCGGAUCUACCCAAUCUCCCAUACCUACAAGCCAUCAUCAAAGAAACGUUUCGUCUUCACCCAUCAACGCCAUUAUCACUCCCGCGAAUGGCCGCCGAGAGCUGUGAGAUCAACGGCUAUUACAUUCCAAAGGAUUCCACACUUCUCGUCAAUGUAUGGGCCAUUUCACGUGACCCAGCAAUUUGGCCCGAACCGUUGGAGUUCCGACCCGAGAGAUUCCUCCCUGGUAGUAAACUGGCCCAUAUUGAUAUUAAGGGGAACGAUUUUGAAGUUAUACCCUUUGGGGCCGGGCGUAGAAUAUGCGCAGGGAUGAGCCUUGGGUUGCGAAUGGUGCAGCUUUUGACUGCUACUUUGGUCCAUGCAUUUGAUUGGGUCCUACCGGAGGCCCUGUCUCCAGAGAAGCUGAACAUGGAAGAGGCUUAUGGGCUGACCUUGCAAAGGGCCAUGCCUCUUAUGGCGUUUACACGCCCAAGGUUGGUCCAACAUUUAUAUGGCACCACUGUUAGAGCUUGAUAUAAUAAUGUUUGCUUCUUGUUUAUCCUUUUAUAAGUUUACAUGUCUUAGGAGGUGCAGUUGUAUCAAUAAAUGUUGGGUGAUUUGAAUCUUUAUAGAUGGUGUUGAUGACUUGGGUAGCGACAGAUGGAUUAUUCAUUAUUGUUGGAAUGGAAUUCCAUAUGGCUACCUGGAUGUUGGGAGUGUGUUCAUCAAAUCCAUAAAUAAAUUGUUUUAUUUAUGAUUA